AUGUACACAAAUAUAUGUGAUUGUAUUGGUGGUUUUUGGGUAUUUAAAUGGUUUAUAUAUGUUGAAGAAGCAUACCUUUACAAAUUAUUUUAUCUUUUUUUCCUAUUUCUUUUUUUCUCUUUUCUCUUUUCUAUUUUCUAUUUUUCUUUUUCUCUUUUUUUUUUUUUUUUAAUUUAUGAAUUUUUUUUUUUUUAA